UGUUUACUUGUGUGGCAUCACGAAAAUUAUUGGAGAUACACGUCGUCUUUUUUUUUAUGUGCUACAUUUGAGAUGUGUUGACAGUUCGAGCGAUGACAUAACAGUACCACGUGUGAGGAGUGAAUGACAGUUGCAAUAUUAUAGAACAAAUUCUAUUUGUUGUAUAAUAACGAUACGAAAUUGCACGAAAAGAAUCGAUUUUAUACUAAUGAUUCAUAGAAAUAAAUCACAGUUUACAAUUCUGACGUUUCUCUCUUCCCCCCCCUCCCUCCUCAAACAGUUGAUCCAGAAUAACCUUUACGCUCUCGCUGUUUGUCGUUAGAUGUACCAUAUUUUAUCUUUCAUAUUUUAUGACAUUUUUUAAGGAAAAAAAAUAUAUUCAAAAUGUCUGCGCCUCCGGAUCCGAAAUUUUUACUACGCGGAAAUAUGGAUGAAAAUGUGCACAGUUUGUUAUUCUGGGUAGAUUCUGACAUAGAGCAUCUCUAUGCUGGUGAUAGAAAAGGCAUAGUUCAUAUUUGGGAUUUAAAAACCAACAGGAUAAAAGAUCAAUUGUCAAAUGGAAACGGUUCUUGUUUUAACUUACACAGAACCAAAGAGGCUGAUUUAAUAGUACAACGAAGAGACGGUGUGUUAGAUGUAUAUAAGGCAAACGAAUCCAAUUGGCUGUUAAAUAAGAGAAUUAAUUAUAAAUAUUACAGUUUCUGCAGAUCUCAAUUGUUGCCUGAUAAGAAUGCGAUGUUAGUCCCACUUGAUUCCUCAAUGGUGGGAAUAUUAUCCCUGAAGACGUUCAAUAUUGAAUCGACAUUAGAUCCAUCCAAAUUAUCUUACAAUGACAAAUUGGGUGCAGUAAUGGCGAUGAAACCAUUAGAAAUAAACAAUUUAAUUCUAGUUGUUUAUGAGGGAGGGAAGUUAUUGUUAUGGGAUACAAAGAAGAAUGAUGUUCUUAGUUCUCUUACUGUGGAGCAAUAUCCGAUGACCCUUGACUUUGAUGUCUCUUUGAUGCAAGGCAUUCUUGGUAGUGCAUCAGAGAAAUUGGAGAUUUUUAAAAUAUUGCCAAAUCAUAUGUUAUCUCACAAGUCUACAAUACUAUUGGAACAUGUUUCCGGUGUGUCUGCUCUUUCUAUAAGACCAGAUAAGAAGCUUGUCACAGCUGGCUGUUGCGACGGAUGUAUCAGAUUGUUCUCUUGGAAGAAAUUGCGACCACUCGCGAUAUUGAGAGGACACAAAGGAAGUAUAUACGAUAUUGUUUAUUCGCAACGUGAAAUCGAGGCUUACGACACUAAAUGUUUGAUGGCAGUCACUGGCCAAGAUGGCUGUAUAUCAUUGUGGGACAUAUAUAAUUAAAAAUUACAAAUGUAUAUAUUAUU